GCAACUAAAUGGCGGAGGUCCAGGGCAGGUUUCGCAAAAACAUUUCACUGCGAUGCCGUAGAACUGUGAACUCUGUUGUUAUGACCUAAGAAAAUUUCCCUUCUGGGUCAGUAAUAUCACGCACCCGGCUUAGCGUUCUGUCUCCGGGCAGGGGGCUGUGAAAUACCUCAGAGAAUUUCUCAGGUAGACCAUGGUGGUAAUAGCCAUGCCCUCUUAUUAUGGUGGCUGUGUGUCUACAGAGGGCUAUUCUCUAUCUGAGAGCUGCCCAAGCCAAGUUCGCUUUAAAAAUAAGGAACCAUCAGCAUUCAAGCAACAAUUCCAACACGAAAGAAAAGAGGAACUGAAAGCAACCAGCGUGGCUGCCUAAGGAGCUUACAGUGUGAACAUUUCUCCAGUGCUCUGCACCUCCCCCCCCCCCGGCUGCUCGUGGUUCCUGAUUUGAAAAAAGCUCAUGAUGUCUUCCCCUGGGCUUUGACUGAAGUGUGGACAUCUAGGAAGGAUGCAGAGUGUGAACCACAGAAAGAAAUUUAACAGGAAUCGAUCAGCAAUCCAGCCAAAUUUCUCCUGAUAAACCCAUUCAGAUCGCCAUGUGUUCUACAAUGGCAAAACCCUUCAAGGACCAAAAUUACUUCGAACUCAAGCGGCAAUGCCUUGAAGAAGGCAAGCUCUUUGAAGACCCUGAAUUUCCAGCUUGCGAUGCAUCUCUCUUCUACAACACUCCUCCACAGGGGAGAGUGGAAUGGAAACGCCCACAGGAACUCUCUGAAGAUCCUCACUUGGUUGUCAAUGGAAUCAGUUCCCACGACUUGCACCAAGGGAAGCUGGGAAACUGCUGGUUUGUGGCAGCCUGCUCUUGCCUGGCCCUUCGGCAGAACCUCUGGCAAAAGGUGGUUCCAAAUGUUGAGGAACAGGACUGGGUUUCAGAUAAUCCAGAUCAAAAUGUGGGGAUAUUUCACUUCUGCUUCUGGCGUUUUGGAGAAUGGAUUGAUGUGGUCAUAGAUGACCGCUUGCCAACUGUAGACAAUGAGCUGAUCUAUUGCCAUUCUAACGACCGCAAUGAAUUCUGGAGCGCCCUUCUGGAGAAGGCCUACGCAAAGAUGGCCGGGUCUUAUGAAGCCCUGGAUGGUGGCAACACCGCAGAGGCCAUCGUUGACUUCACAGGAGCAGUUGCAGAAUCCAUUGACAUGAUUGAUGGCCACUACAGCCAUGAUAUCAUCGAGCGGGCGAAACUCUUUGAAGACUUGCUGAAGGUGCAAAGAAGAGAUGGAUUAAUCAGCUGUUACAUCAUGCCUUUGUCCUCUGAUGAAUUUGAGGGACAGACUGAAAUGGGUUUGGUCAAAGGCCAUGCCUACUCGGUGACAGAAAUCCUGAAGAUGCCCCUGGAAGAGAAGUGCCUGCCAUGGCAAAAGACUAAGAAACUCUUCAUGAUCAGGUUGAGGAACCCCUGGGGAAAGAGCGAGUGGAACGGUCCAUGGAGCGAUUCAUCAGAGGAGUGGAAAAAGGUGAGCCAAGCAGAACGGAAGAAAUUAAGACUCACUAUUGAAAACGACGGAGAGUUCUGGAUGUCGUUUGAAGACUGGUGCAAAAACUUCACCGAUGUUGAUGUCUGCCGGAUUGUGAACACGUCCUUUUUUAGUAUACAUAAGACCUGGGAAAAGAAAAUGAUUCGUGGAGAGUGGAAAAAGAAUCGAGACCCAAUGUUAAACCGCGCUGGGGGGUGCUUAAAUAAUGCAGCCACCUUCUUCCAAAACCCACAGUAUAUCUUUGAUGUCAAGAAGUCGCAGGACAAAGUGAUGAUCUGCCUGCAGCAGAAGGACAAGCGCAUUUACAAAAGAGAAGGGAAAGGGGACAACUUGGUUAUUGGCUUUGAAAUCUUCAAGGUUGAGGCCAACAGAGAGUAUCGAAUGCAUAAAGUGACAGUGCAAGAGAAAAUGGCAACUUCCAUGUACAUUGACAAUCGCAUGGUAUUUUCGAAGUUGUGCCUCAAGGAAGGCCGGUAUGUCCUGAUCCCAACCACCUUCAGACCUGAUACUGAAGCUGAAUUCAUUCUGAGGCUGUUCACAGAUGUGCCAUCGGAGCUCAGGGAGCUUACACUGCAUCGACCCAGGGGCGCCUGCCUGGACAUCCUACGUGGCUUCGUUGCGAGGGUGUCCCAAGUUAAAGUCCACUCUGUGUCACGUCUCAGAUGUCAGGACCCAUAUAUCGGAGCAAAUCCCUACAUUGUCAUCAAGUGUGAGAAUCAGAAAGUUCGUUCUCCUGUGCAGAAGAGCACCCUCAGUGCUAUUUUCAAUACACAAGCCAUUUUCUACCAGAGGAACAUUGCGAGCCCGAUUGUUGUCCAGGUUUGGCACAGCGGGCUCCUUUGCGACAAGUUCAUGGGACAAGUGCGGAUCUCGGUAUCACCCAAUUACCCCAGAAGUCUUCAGAAGUUCCAACUCCAGGACAGAGGGAGUCGCGAAGAUUAUGACAUGCCAGGUCACAUCACCAUCAAGGUUGUUACUAGCGAUGACCUCGUGGAGUUCUGAAUUCUAAGGGCUGACAGGCAAGAGUUUCCAGUGAGCAUCCGCAAUGGGGAUGGGGCAAGAGCCACUGAUUUGCAUGUUGGUGUGAAAUGCUUUAAAAUGCUUGGGGUGUUGUGUCUGGGUCCUACUUGGGCAACAACAAAUGGCAAACAAAAGAGAAAGAAGCUGAGAGCAAAUGUGCAGCCAAAUAUAUCAUUUGUCUUUCUCUUUCACCACACACAUACACACACAUACAGUAUAUAUCUCCAAACGUAUUUUCUAUCACAGAUAGCAGCUGCUUCCAGGCACCGGCUUCACUAGUGCAAUUCACAUGAAACCAUUAUAGCCUCGCAAUGCAUUUUAGCUGUUCUGCUAGAAAAUAGCAUUUCAUCGGAACUUGGGUAGCUGCCUUAUACCAACUAUAGCUCAAUAUGGUCGACACUGACUGGCAGCAGUUCUCUGGGGUUUCAGACAGUGAGCUUCUUCCAGAUGCUGGGGAUUGGACCUGGGGCCUUCUGCAUGCAAAGCAGAUGCUCCACCACUGAGCUAUGGUCCUUCCUCAACAGCACUGUUGAAUAUUGCUUCUAAUAGUAAGAGUAGUUUCCUUUUAGUUGCAUUAAGUAAAUGCCUAGGUAUUUGCUAAAUAUGACACAAACAAUGACAAAUCCCAGCAUGGGAAAAUCAAAGUUCUGGGAUGCGAAACACAAGCUUUGCCAUUCCUAAUCCUAAACUGUGGGGAAUGUAGUUUAAAGGAUUGCAUCUGUCCACAUUGGGAAGGUAUGCCUGCCUUCUAUCUGAGCCAAGUGAAUUGUAUGACAGCUCUUGGGACAGAAAAAUGAAAGGAAUAUGGAUAUGAUAGCGGUUUAUUGUACUGAGCCUUUUUUGCUCUGUUGCUUUUGUUUUCGAUGCCUAUCUGUUAUCAGUUCAGAAUACCAUAACACACACGUAACCGUCUGUAAAGAAACAUAACAUUUAUAUAUAAUAAAACUGUAAUCGUCAUAUCAAAAAAUUGCAAAGCACAGUUCCUGGUGGCAAUAACAUAUCAUAUUACUGUUAACCUUCUGUAUGUUUUUAUUGUCGUAAAGUCCAAAGAUUGUGAAGUCCAACAAUUACAAUGUACAGUUCCUGUUGGCAAUGCCAUUUCAUCCUGAUGUCUUCCUUCUGCAUAGUCCUAUAUCUUAAAAGUGUAACAAACAGAACCACUUAGUAACACUAAGGCAGCUGAUGAUAGACCAGUUCUCAGGAUACACCCUUGUUUCACCCAUUGAUUGGGCUUCUUCAGCGACAAGGUUUCCAGGAGAUUUUUCAGUGGGUUUUUUCAGACGAAAUAGUCCACAGGAACGCAGAAGUUGCCAGUCAGAGAUGCUCCGUAUGAAUGAUCAUUGAAACUAAACUAUAUAGGAGCAAUCCCUGCAACGGGGAAGGUGCAGGCAAUUAGAAUUAAAUAUUCUUAAAGAGACCUAAUUGCAAUGAUACCCAACCGAUACAAAUCCAAAAAGUCAAGUAUUCCACAUCUUCAUUUAUAUACUAUUACAACUUUAUCAAACUUUUUCAAUGAGGCUUAAUCAUCAAUGGAUCCCAUCUGGCAAAUGGUCAUUGCGGUCUCCACUCCCUAAUAUUGAUCAUAAAAAUAUAAAUUAAUCUUAGGAGAUUGUAACACCAUUAAUUACCUAAACACCUGUGUGUUGCAAGAAAGGAUACAUUUGCAGUAAUUCAGACAACACAGGAUAUCUAUAGAAGAAAUAAGUAAAGUUAAUCAAAGAUAUUCUAAGUAAUAAUCAAUAGGUACAGGCAAUUAGAAUCUAUCAUUCUUAAAGGAACAUAAUCACAAUAAUAUCCAACUAGUAGAGAUCUAGUACAUUAAGUUUUUUCCAUCUUCAUUAGUUUGCUUUUUUAAGAUUUAUCCAGUGUAAAUUAAUCAUAAAUAGAUUCCACUUGCUAAAUAGUCAUUGCUGUCUCCACUGUUUAUAUUGCAAUAAUCAAACUAUUAAUAUGUAACAUCAUUAAUAUCAUUAAUUACAUAAAUUACAUCAUUAAUUACAUAAAUUACAUCAUUAAUUACAUAAAUUAUAUCAGUAGAAACAGCCAUGGCAAAUGACUAGGUCAACACACACCACAAUUGUCUUGUUACGUAAAUCAUGUUCAGAGUACCACAACGCACACGUAACUGGCUGUAAAGAAACAUAACAUUAUAUAUAAUAAAACUGUAAUCAUCAUAUCAAAAAAUUGCAAAGCACAGUUCCUGGUAGCAAUAACAUAUCAUAUUACUGUUAACCUUCUGUAUGUUUUUAUUGUCAUGAAGUCCAAAGAUUGUCAAGUCCAACGAUUAUCUGUUAUCAGUGACAACAUCUGAAUAAAAUGUAUGCUUUUA